CAGGUGUAAUUUUUAUCACACAGACUUAGAAUUUCACCAUCGCUUUUAUCAUGAAGGUAAAGGAGCACUCGUCCUUGCUGGAUCACUUGUCUUCAAAGAUCACUUUAUCAGGGACUACGUUAGCUGUGUUAACAAUUCUAGUCUGCAUUUUGUUAAGAUGUUAUACAACAAAGAAAAAACAAGAUGAUCGACGUGGUAAUACAAAACAACACAGAGCUUCCAAAUAUUUCCUCACAGUAUUCAGUCUCUUUCCAGUUCCUAUAAAUUUACCCACCACCUUAAAAUCUAUUUUAAUCCCCCAGACCUACAGAUCAGUACUGGAAUUAGAUAUCACUGAAGAAACAGAUUCCAAGACGGGAAAACCUGUUUGCAGAUUUUGUAUUAAAAAAUAA